GCCAGGCAUUUGUCCCUCUUCAUGGGAGAGUUACAGCAGUACAUGUACUACAUACUAAUAGGCAGACAUCCGCUACAAGCUGGUUUGACUAAGAAGCUAACUUUCGGUUCUUCAUUCACGCCCCUGCUGCUUCUACGAGUUUAGACUCUAAAUUUGGGGGGCUGCUCUCAUAUGUAACACCAUAGGGGAAGCGCGGGUGCCGGAAUUGUUCGGAUCUGAGUUGAUUUAGGUCUAAUUAUCAAUUGGCGGCAUAAUAUGGGGUUGCUUGCUGAACUGAAAUCAGCAUAAAACAAGUCUCUCAGAUCGAGCUGAACAUUGCUGUGCAUGUACCUGGGAACAUCGCGAGAGGAUAGAUGGAAGUUUCAAGGCUCAAGGCAUCUUCCACCAGAAGCUAUGGCGUACUGGAGCAUCCCGGGGACAAUGAUGUAGGACCCUUUUCCGCCCCACCUUGCACCCCACUUUCAUCACGCUCGCAUACGACAACCGGGGUGGAGCCCGCUGUCGUACUCGCAGGGCAGGGCCACACCAUCACAAGGGAGGUUACUUGCCAGGACAGCGCGGGAUUUAUUCACGAGGUGCCGAUAUGAAUGGAUGCGGAGCGCCGUUUUCGGCGAGGACACCCCAUCACCUGUCAGGGUUAUUACGAGGCUGUUUACGGCGGGCGGCGAGGAGAAAGAGGAC